GACCUUUAAGUCCCUUCCAAACCAUUCUCUGAUUCUGUGGCACCGCAGUCAGCGUGGGGCUGACCCGGCCUGGCUUACCUUCAGAGUGAGCUGACUUCGAGGUGGCCAUAGUCCUGUGCCUGGAUGUAGGCUUUACAAUGAGCAGUUCUGCCCCUGGUGAGGAGUGUUCACUUGAACAAGCCAAGAAGAUUAUGACAAAGUUUGUGCAGCGACAGGUUUUUGCUGAGAGUAAAGAUGAGAUCGCUGUAGUUUUGUUUGGCACUGAUGGUACUAGGAAUGACCUUGCCAGUAGGGAUCAAUACCAAAACAUUACUGUACAUAGGUCACUAAUGCUGCCAGAUUUUGAUCUGCUCGAAGACAUUCAAGAUGUGAUUAAACCAGGCUCUGAACAAGCAGACUUUCUGGAUGCAAUUAUUGUGUGCAUGGACUUGCUUCAGAAGCAAACAAUAGGAAAGAAGUAUGAGAAGAGACACAUUGAACUGUUUACAGACCUCAGUAGUCCAGUCAGUGAGGAUCAGCUGGAAAUUAUCAUUGCUAACUUGAAGAAAACAGGAAUUUCACUUCAGUUUUUUCUGCCAUUUCCAGUGGAUGUUGAUGAUGGAGGUGGAGAUCCAAGUGCCGGUGUACAUUCUCAUAUUCACAGAAAUCCUUUUCCAAGAAAGGGUUUAACUGAGCAACAGAAGGAAGGCAUCGAUGUGGUGAGGAAACUGAUGCAUACUUUGGACGAAGAAGGAGGGCUGGAAGAAAUUUAUACUUUCAGAGAAAGCCUGGAGCGUCUUUCAAUGUUUAAGAAAAUAGAAAGAAGACCUAUGGCUUGGCCCUGCCAGCUCACUAUUGGUUCUAAUUUGUCUAUAAGGAUUGUGGCCUACAAAUCAGUCACAGAAGAGAAGGUGAAAAAGGUUUGGACAACUGUGGAUGCUAAAACCCUCAGAAAAGAUGAUGUGCAGAAAGAAACUGUUUACUGCUUGAAUGAUGAUGUUGAGACAGAGGUUCAAAAAGAUGAUACUAUUCAAGGGUUUCGCUAUGGGAGUGAUAUAGUUCCUUUUUCCAAGGAAGACGAAGAGCAAAUGAAAUACAAAACAGAAGCAAAAUGCUUUUCUGUUUUGGGAUUCAGCAGAUCCUCUCAGAUCCAGAGGCAUUGCUACAUGGGCAACCAGGUUUUGAAGGUCUUUGCAGCAAAAGAUGAUGAGAAUGCAGCAGUUGCUUUUUCUGCCCUUGUUCAUGCAUUGGAUGAGUUGAAAGUAGUAGCUGUAGUACGUUAUGCUUAUGAUAGAAGAUGCAACCCACAAAUUGGAUCAGCUUUUCCAUAUAUUAAGGAUGCAUAUGAGUGUCUCAUCUAUGUGCAACUACCCUACAUGGAAGACUUAAGACAGUAUAUAUUUUCAUCCUUGAAAAACAAUAAAAAAUACAUUCCUACAGCGGAUCAGUUAUCUGCUGUUGACUCUUUGAUUGAUUCUAUGAAUUUGGUUUAUGAAGCUGAUGACGGAGAAACUUUUGAGGACCUGUUUAAGCCCAGCAAAAUUCCAAACCCUCAUUUUCAGAGGUUGUAUCAGUGUUUGCAGCAUAAGGCUUUUCACCCCAAUGAGCCAUUGCCACCAAUUGAAGAGCACAUUUUAGAGAUGCUGGAGAUGCCCAGUGUGGUAAAAGAAAGGUGUCAGGGUCCUCUUGAAAAAAUAAAAGCACUUUUCCCCCUAAAGGAGGUUGGCAAGAAAAAAGAAAAGAUGACUGCUCAAGACAUCUUCAAAGACAGCAGUGAAGAUGGACCCAACCCUAAGAAACCAAAAAUUGAAGAUGAGGAAGGUAGCUUUAGCAUCAUGAAACUUGCUGAAGGAAAUGUCACCUCUGUUGGCAGUGUUAAUCCAGCAGAAGAUUUCCGAAUUCUGGUGAGGCAGAAAAAUGCUGACUUCAAAGACGUGAGUCAGCAGUUGAUAAACCGCAUUGAUCAGUUCCUGGAAAAUAAAGGUUCACAGUACUACAUGAAAGGGAUCAAUUGUAUCAGAGUUUUCAGAGAGGAGGCCGUGAAGCUGUCCAAGGUCCAGUGCUUUAAUGAUUUUCUGCAGGCCCUGAAAUCAAAGGUAGAAGACAAAGCUUUAGCUGAUUUCUGGGAGAUCAUGAUACAAGACAGAAUUUCUUUGAUCACUAAAGAUGAAGCAAAGGAAAGUUCAGUGACUAGUGAAGAGGCUGAAAAGUUCUUGGCUCCAAAAGAAAAGAAAAAUGAAAUUCUGCCUCCCACAGAUGAAGGUGGUGAUGUUGAUGAUUUGCUGGACAUGAUGUGAGUGGGUGAUGUAUGGUGCCUAUACAAGCAAAGUUUUGGAAGAGAUCUCCCUGUGAGACAGGGCACUAAACACGCUAAUGAGAAGACAAUAUAUCCAUCUUUAUUUUCUCAAAUGAGAGCAGAAGUUCCAAAGACAUUUCCAGUUGGUGAAAAUGUCUGACACUUCAAAUCUAGAACAGAAGAUUGAAAAACACAAGAUUGAAAUAAUCUGGAGUAUUUGUGAAGUAAUGAUACCUUUAAGGCAUCUCCUUUUUUUUUUUUUUUUUUAUUUUUUGUUCGUUAGAUUAGUUAAACACUGAGUUUAGCUUAUCCUUGGUAGUGCUUUCAGCAUAACACUACUAAAUUUAAUGAGACUCUGCACUGGUGCCUGAAAUUCUUGUUACAUUGCAAGUCUCUAUUUUCAUGCUUUUUUCUUAUUAAAGAAACAGAGCAAAAAAAAAAGCACAAAGGCAUAUGGGAAAAAAUUCUAGGCCUGGGAGUCACAAAGUAAUAGUUUGAAAUAUGCAACAGAAUUUAAAGCACAGUAAUUACAGUCAUCUUGUAUAUGGUUACUGUAUCUUAUCAGCUCAGCUAAAUAGCCUCUGUCCCUCUAUGCGUACAUUGUCCUGUUGCAGAUGCUGGGAUUUGUUUUUUGUUGCUGUACACUGACACCUGUGAUAAAUGACUGCUAAUAGUUACACUGGUAACCAAAAUGGAGUGCUGUCUACACAGAGCAAUCCAAAGUAGUCAAAUACUCAAAUUUGAAUACAGAUCUGGAGAGACACUAAUGACAUCUUCUCAGAUGCUUAUUUGUUACAAUCAGAUUCAUUCCUUUAAAAGCUGUUCUUUCAUUAUUGCAAAUGUAUAAACAUACUGUGCAAAAUUAUCUUAAGAUCAUAAAACAGAAAAAAAAAAAAAGAGUUAAAAAAUAUUCUGGAAUAUCUGCACUUUAUACUGAAUUGCAGCUCCUGUGUGGGAAAGAGCAAUUGUUUUUAGCCUCUAUCUCCCUACACUGUGACCUGCUCUCUCCUCUCUUACAUCAUAGAAUCAUAGAAUGGUUUGGGUUGGAAAGAACCCUAAGAUCAUCUAGUUCCAACCCCCUCACACUAGAUCAUGUCUUGACUGAGUUCAUGCAGGCUUUGAAAGGGUUUCUCAAAUGCAUAAAUCAGGGAAUAAGUGAUCUUUCCAGGUCUUUAGAGGAUUUGUGCCACUGGAAGAUAUUUUCUCUUAACUGUAAAUAAGAAAUACUUGAUCAGUCCAUUGUUUUGUAUGUCUUUCAAGGCCAAUUUAUAGAGUAUAACACUGGCUGAGGUCUUUACUUUUUUUUUUGCCUUAAUAAAACAUUUAAAAAUUUGCUGUUGUCUUCUUCAAACCAUUUUUCUUAAAAUCAGAUGAUUAGCUAUCUAUGCUAAUAGAGAAUCUAUCAAAGGCCCCUUUUCUGGGCAUACAAUGCAAACACUGAAUAACGAAAUCCCUCUAUAGAAGCUGAGUGUGAUUACUUGUUCUAUUCUUUUCAAACUCUAAACUGUACAACACCCCAGUAAAAUAAUUUUUACCAUUUUGCAGAGAUCGUGAAAAGUCUUGGUCAAGACCUGGCAGGAUAUAGAAUUACUUUGCAAAUCAAAAUAAUGAUUAGGGCUUUCUGUCUCUUUUGAACCAGUUGACUACAUUUUUAGAGAGUAUUGCUUCUGUCAAGCAAUAAACAUUUAGUUCAUUGAGUGUAAUUUCAUAGAUCUUGUUACCUGUACAGCACAUUUAGGCUCAGUAUGGUAACUGAGUUGCUAGUACUGAAGAAGGGAAUGGGAAUUUACGACUCAAAGUAAGUGAAACAAAUUCUUAGAAGGCAAGCAAAGUGUCUUUCAUUCUGCCCAGCCUUCUGGGUAUCCGUCAUCAAAAGCCUGUGAUACAUCUUACUGAGUGUCUAUCAGAUAGCGACCUGAUUUUACACUUGUUUUUUGGCAAAGUGUCUGCUUUCAGGUUCUUAUUGAAUGACUGGAAGAGAUCUUUCACAUAGUCUAAGUUCACAUUUUCAGUUAUAAAGUCUGAUCUAGUUACUUACUAACUACAUUGAGGUUGCUUGUUCUGAAUUGCAAUACUGGCCAGUCUUCAGAAGCAGUAGAGCAGCUAGUUGUCCAUUUCAAAAGCAGACAUGAAAAUGCCAUGCAAAUUUGUUUUCUUGCAAGCAACAGAACAUCCCUUGUCCUGUACUUCAUAACAAGAGAAAUUAUCAGUGUGUCUAAAAAAAAGAAAAUAUAAUGGUUGUGAUUUUGUUAUAUCUUACUGAUUUAUUUUCUUUUUCCCCUGGAAGGAAUGCCUCUUCAGAAAGUUCUUUGGGUGCUAAUAAAUGGGACAGUAACCAUGGUUAGCCUUACUUGCUGAGAGAUCAAAGCUUAUGAUUGUUGUUUGUCUUUCUGUUAAUCUACUGCUCUGAUAGCUCUUUAACUCAUUGGGCAGUAGCAGUCAUCUUUGAUGGAGGGGCAGUGAUUUUAGCGUUAUGUUUUAAAAGACGUUUAUGGAAGUUGAUGCUGGGAAGAGGUGAAA